GUGGGCCUCUCGCAUCCCAAGUUAGUACGAGACCUGUCAUUUUCUCAUAUUGUUUUCAUUCAAUCCGUGUAAAUAUGACACUUGGGAAAGUAAUUGUUCUCGUGCUUUGUGUAUCGACUCUCGCUCACUCACGUGAAGUUGAUCUACCUGAGGCCGUCAAGACAUGCAAGAAAGAUUCUGAUGAUUACGCAUCGUGUUUGAGGCUUGCCAUUCAAGAAUCUUGGCCAAUUUUUGUUAAUGGCAUUCCUGAGCUGAAUGUGCCCCAGUUGGAUCCCUUCGUAGUGGAGGUAUCCAAUAACAACUAUGCAGUUGGUGAAGUGACGGGGAGAAUGGCAGUGAGGGACGCUAAAUCCUAUGGACUUGCCAAAGCACGUUUCUUAUCAGUCAGACCUUAUCACGAGGGCGACCACUUCCGUCUGGACAUCGAUUAUGAAUUGCCCAAAGUAUUCAUCGAGGGUGAUUAUAAAGCUGAAGGUACCGUUGGAGCCUUCAAAAUUGGUGGCAAAGGACAAUUCAACAUAAGCAUGACUGACGUCAGGUGCAUGCUGGUGCUGGAGGGGCCAGUAAUUAGUGACAGAUGGGUUGUGGAGAGACUUAGCCUCACACCAGAGGUCGGUGAUAUGAAAAUUUGGGCCUCUGACUUGUUCAAUGGAAAUGAACAAUUGACCCGAGCAGCUCUUAAUUUCGCAAACGAAUACUGGGAGAUCCUCUACCGUGGAAUGCUGCCAUUCGCAGCAAAAACCUGGAAUGCUAGUCUUAAAGAUCUCGUCAACGGAAUCUUCGCCAAUCUUUCAUUCUCGAAGACCUUCCCUUGAUCCAAAAAAGGCCAUUAUUUCAACAAUUUAUUCCAUUUUCCCUUGAAUGAUUUCAACAACUUAGUAGAGAAAUGGAACUCACAUAUAGUUUUUUUUUAUGCGUAAUGAUGUACAUAAGGAGUGGUUUUAGAGAAAAAGUCGGAUUUUUUUUUGUAACUGAGUAAAUUUCUGAUAUUUUCCUCUACAUUUACUCCUUAUCACCAUAACUCAACAAACAAUUAUUGAUUAGUCAAUAUUUUAAUACCCCACAUCACCGAUGAUUUAGAUUUGCUCAAAAGUUCCUGCCUUUGAUUACAAAUUGAAUGUUCACCAUGCGUGGAAAUUCUUACAAUGAAACCUCUUGUAACAUUCAGUUUAUACCUAUUAAUCUCAGUAAUUUAGCAAGUGAAGACCGAAGAAACUAUUCAAGAAGAAAAAUAUAUGAAUAAAGACAAAAAAUGACGGGUUAAGGCGUCAACUCUGCCAUCAUUUAGAAAGUCUCGAGUGGAAAGUUCCAUUCACUGCGAAAUGUUUUCCAACAUUUCAAUUUACAACUCAAUUUUUGCUCAUGACCAACUAAUGAAAACUAAAUGAAAAAUAAAUUCCAAGUGUGUCAGAA